AUGGCAACACGCGAGAUUUACGAUAAAAUCAGCAUUUAUUCAAACGACGAGAGCCUCGACGCGGCAUUCGGACUGCUUAUGAAUAUAUUGAAACGGCCCAGUCUGGGCCAUUACGUGCGCCACAUUGAGUCCUGCUCAGCGACGUCUUGUCAUAUGGACUACAAAAAGGCUCCACCCCAGCGCGGAUUAAGCGAUGAAGACACGGCUCUCGUGCGAGAGGCCGUGAAGAAAGCUGGGUUCUUGGGCUCCAGCGAGGAUCGCGUUGUCAAUAUCCUUAUGCAGAGAAUGGAAGAUGCGACAGGGGAAUAUGGAUAUUACAAAUACCGUGAUACGCUUGGCACAUUCAUUGCGCAAGCUCUAACUGCAAUUCUCAUUGUGCUCUCGCCCAACCUUACAUCGAUGGCCACAACACAGCCUUUUCACAACUAUCAAGAGAAGAGGCCGUAUCCACUGGUGGAGUUUCUUCGUCAAACCAAUACCAGCCCCGAAUCAAAGCCUUAUCUUCAAAAUCUGCGGAAGGUAUACCUGAUCAAUAAAACCGACAGUAGCUGGUCUGACGGCCGUUUCUUCGUUGAAAUGGACUUGCUCAGUUGCUGGGGCUUAUUUGAUCAACUUCCAUCUAUCGAAUCUAUCGGAGCAGAUAUCGUUGAGGAGGACGAUAACGGAGAAAGAACUCUUGAUAGACCCUCAAACAUUAGCAGGAUCGCAAUCAACCACUCACAUGUUGCCUCGACGACUCUUGUUCAACUGAUAUCGUCGUGCAGAGUCCUCAGAGAACUCCAAUAUUCAAUCGGAGGCAGGGCAAGCAACGAUGGAGGGAGCCCGAUUGUCAAUCCCAAGGCAAUCAUCAAAUCGAUCUUAGGGCAUAAAGAAACCCUGGAGAUUCUUGAUCUUGACAUUGAUGGUAUCGUUCACCUGGAAGGGGUGGUAGGAGACGAAAAUGACUACGAAUGCAUGGAAGAUCGUUUUGAUCGAUAUGGGAGUCCAUUUGAGACUGAUGAGGACCCCGCCCGGCUUAAAAUUCUACGCUCAAUAUGGGUGCAUAGCGGGUCGCUGAAGGACCUCGGGUCUUUGAAGAGGCUGAGCUUGGGGUUCAAUUUUUUGUUAUAUUUUGCCAGGGGAGUCAGCGUCAGUGGAACUAUGGAAAAAGGUGCCACGCCCAUGCUGGUUGAUUGUCUCCCGGACAGUCUAGAGUAUUUGUGUAUCAGGGGAUACGAGAAGGGUGAGAGUGAAGAGUUUGAUAGACAGGUGGAUGCAUUGAUGGCCUCUUACGAGUCAGGAUCAUCUAACCUGAAAGAGAUCAAGGGAAUCAUGGAAAUGAUACCCAGUUCCGCAAACGUGGAUAAUCCUGAUGAUGACUACGAUCUAUUGUGGUCGCUGGAGGAGGCCGGUUAUGAGAGCGACUGA